AUGUGCUCCGAACCCGAGAUGUGCUCCGUGAGAGACUUCGCCAGAGCCCUGCGGCUGCUGCACUCCCCCGAACCCGGAAGCACCGAAAAGCUGCGGGUUCUACUGAACGUCGCGAUCGCUCAGAGGUAUGGGUCCGGAAAAUCCAUUCCUGCCGGGGGUGCUCGCGAGAGAGUCGACAACGCGAGUUCGAGGAUCAAAUCGGAGGAGGAAUCGGACGGAGAAGCUUUCACAGAUUCGGUGGGGAACAGCGUCGGUGGCAAGGACGAGGUGCCAAGGAUUUCCAUACCUGACGAGGAACACGGCGAGAGUCUCACGUGCAGGGUAUGCAACGUGCCCGAAUUUGGUCCUCUGAUACUCAUCAAAUGUCGAGGGUGCAGCGAGCUCUAUCACCCACUCUGCCAUCAACCGUCAGUCGUCGACGCGCAGGGCCCUGAUUUUAAUUGGAGAUGCAGCCAGUGCGAUAACCGUAGCUCGCUCGAGGAGGCCAGAAGAGAUACUGGCAGCACCGGUGGACGCGGGGUGACCGUUAGGGUCAAGCAGUACACGAGGAGAGCCCGCAAACAAACUGAAAGUCACAAUGGCUCGAGUGAACAAUAA